AUGAAGCUCGCCGUCUUCAGCGCUAAGCCCUACGACAAGAAGUACAUCUCCGCCGCAUACGAGGCCAGGAAGGACGAGUUCAAGAAGCACAACGCAAAGCUCGCCGACGACAACACUGACUUUGGCAUACUCUACCACGACUUCUCCCUAUGCUCCGAGACCGUCUCCCUCGUCAAGGAUGUAGACGCCGUCUGCGUCUUCGUCAACGACUCCCUCACUGCCGACGUCAUCGAGGCACUGCACAAGGCUGGCUGCAAGGCCAUUUUACUGCGCUGCGCCGGUUUCAACAACGUCGACAUUAAGACUGCCGAGAAACUGGGACUCUUUGUCGCCAACGUCCCCUCGUACUCCCCCGAGGCUGUCGCAGAGUUCGCUGUCGCCCUGCUGCAAUCCCUUAACCGACGCACUCACAGAGCCUACAACCGCACCCGCGAAGGCAACUUCAACCUUGAUGGUCUCCUCGGAAAAACGGUGCAUGGCAAGACAGUGGGCAUUAUCGGCACCGGAAGGAUUGGUGUGUCCAUGGCCCGCAUCAUGAAGGGCUUCGGCUGCACCCUCUACGCUUUUGACCCGUUCGAGUCGGACGACUUCAAGAAGCUCGGCGAAUACCUCCCCUUGGAAGAGCUUCUUCCCAAGUGCGACUUCAUCAGCUUGCACUGCCCUUUGAUGGAGAAGACGAAGCACAUCAUCAACGAAAAGACCCUCAAGCAGAUGAAGCCCGGCUCUAUAUUGGUCAACACCUCCCGAGGCGGUCUCAUUGACACAAAGGCCGUCGUCCACGCCCUCAAGACUAAGCAUCUCGGCGGCCUGGCCCUUGAUGUGUACGAAGGCGAGGGUGAUCUCUUUUACAACGAUCAUUCGGGCCACAUCAUCGACGAUGACCUGCUCACCCGCCUCAUGACCUUCCCCAACGUUCUGAUAUGCGGCCACCAGGGCUUCUUCACCGAGGAAGCCCUGCAGGAGAUCUCUGAAUGCACCUUCCGCAACCUCGAGGACUUCAUGCUCGGACGCAAGUGCUCCAACUCUCUGGUCAAAGACGAAAUCACCCUCUCGCGCAGAGAUUCGCUCCCGGUGCGUAUUGUCUAA